AUGUGCGAAAAGGAUGUAUUUAAGCGCGAUUUAACUGCUACAAUAUCCCGUAUUUAUGACCUUUCCAAGAUCCAAGGGGCGCUAGUUGCGGCUGAUCUAUGGAAUAAGCACCGACCGAACUUCAGAUCCGCGCCCAAAUUUCUCCCGCCAAAAAAUUCUCCGAACGACAUACAAAUCAACGUGCGAUAUUGCAGACCCUAUCUGCAGCCAUAUGAGAUCACCCUUGAGCCGUGGGAGAUGAACAAUGUUUUCUCGGUAGCAUGGCGAAUACCGUGCAUGGGCAUUCGCCCCUCGCCCUCUCCCCAUGCAGCUCCUCUCACCUUUCUCCAGAUACUAUACCCUCUGGGCCACAGAUAUACAGUCCGCUCCAUGAGUAGCUUGCGGGAUACGGCCAUUAUCCCCCAGAAUAUAUUAAAACCCGUUAGAUUCACGGGGGUAUUACAAUCAUGCCUCUCCCGAAUUUCUUCUCCGUCCCGAACGUUCUCAUCUUCCCUUCCCUCCUCCGCCAGAGCCCCGCGAACUACUCCUCGCUUGAAUAAACGCGAAGAAGGCGUCCGUUUCAGAGCCCGCGAUCUCUCUGCCCACGAGAUCUCCCAGAUAUUUGGUCCAGAGCUGCAGAUUUCAGUACCGAUGGGCAAUAGGAUUCUUCGAAUCCUCCAAGAACGUCGUAUCACAGGUACCAUCGAUGUUGAUCUCCCAGCCGAUAUUAGGAAGGCUGUCGCAGAGAGUACGAUAUUGACGGGACUAGAGUGGCUGCGAAAAAGGUACCCCAUGGAUGAGGAUGCUGCGAUUCUGAAACGGAUUGAAAGAGAAGAGAUUGCAGAGGAACAGAAGCUCAUCAAGCGUGGUCAGGAACUUGGCCUAUAUAAGCCGCAGAGCGGGAAGUUCGACAAGCCCAUUGAGAAGGAAGGCGACGUUUACGGAAAGAGUGUUCUUCAGGAACAGCGGGAGGCGAACGAGCGGAGGAAUAGGUUGGAAGAUGAAAAAUGGAGACGAGAUUGGAUGGAAGGCGAGGCGAAGGAUCGGGAAAAACUAAGGCAGAGCAUGCAGAAAAACAUGGAGUUGCAGAAGUUCGAGGAGGCGGCGGUUAUGGAAGCCAAACCUCGUGCGGAUCCGAACGUUCGUCCUGCUUUGGCGUGGGUGCAACAGCAUCAUGUUCGAGCUACAGCAAAUGAUUGGGAUACCUCAAAACUGUCCAUGGCCCGCAGAAUCCUCCCUUCCCUCUGUAUUACGCUCCUAACAAUAGGCCUCUGCUAUGUCCUCGCUCAAAAUUACGAGCCAGCGCCCCGCCACGAGCGCUUGAUGCCCAAUACACCCCCCGCCGCAGCAACCGUGAUUGGCCUCAUUGGCACCAAUGUUCUCAUCUACGCCAUGUGGCGAGCCGUCCCUCCCGCCUGGAGAAUGCUGAAUCGGUAUUUCAUUAGCGUGCCCUUGUAUCCUUACUCAGUAAGUAUCAUCGGCAGCAUAUUCAGCCACCAGCAAAUCCGACAUCUAGGUGCCAACAUGUUGAUUUUGUGGUUUAUCGGGACGAGACUCCACGAAGAACUCGGCCGCGCUGACUUCCUCUCCCUCUACUUCUCCUCCGGCGCCAUCGCCUCACUAACCUCCCUAGCCGCCCACGUCCUCCAAAAUAAACUAACCGUAACCUCUCUCGGUGCCUCAGCGCCAUCGCCGGGCUCGUCGCAGCCUGGUGCAUGA